AUGGCAAAAUCCCCCCCAAUUGUUGACGACCCUUGUAUAUCUAUGCAUAAGUGUUUGCCAAUGCUGAAUGUAGAAGUUUAUAAUUUUGUGAAAGGAACAAUGAGAAGGUUGGAGAUAGAGCUAGAGCUGAAGGAAAGACUACGCGGUUUCACACUCAUAGAUUUUUCAAACAAUCGAUUUUAUGGACGAAUCCCUGAUGCAGUUGGCGUACUUAAUGGUCUUCUAGUGCUCAGUCUCUCACACUACAACCUAACUGGUCCCAUCCCAUCGUCAUUUGGAAGUAUGGCGGCAAUUGAAUCAUUAGAUCUCUCGUGGAACAAGCUUGGUGGCAGGAUUCCUUUCCAAUUGACGAAUCUGACAGUUCUGGCAGUGUUAAUCCUGUCACAAAAUAAUCUUAUCGGACACAUUUCGCAUGGGAAUCAAUUUGAUACUUUUGACAAUGAUUCCUAUAGCGGUAACUUGGCGUUGUGUGGCGUCCCACUGUCAAGGAAAUGUGGAGACGAUAAGGGACCAAAACCACCUAGACCAGUGUUUGUGGAAGAUGAAGGUUCUGCAAUACCCUUUAUUUGGAAACUUGCAAUGAUGGGCUAUGGAUGUGGAUUGGUGUUGGGAUUGAGCAUGGAAUACAUUGUUUUCACAACUGGAAGACCAAGGUGGUUUGUUAGAACGAUUAAGAGAGAAUGGCAGAAGAAUGUUACGAGAUGGAUUCGCAGGAAUGGAGGAAGAAGGAACUAA